CUAACACUGAAUCAAAACGUCACGACUGCAGAGCUGCUGGUUUCAGAAGUUGGAUUGUUGAGCAGAGAGACAUCCUGGUAAAAAUAUUGAGUUUUGACAAGUACAUUCAGAGAAAUGGGAUUUGAGGAUUAUCUUAACGUGAUGAUUUGGAUGGACGUCCGUGUUUGUUUCCCCUUCACUCUGCUGGCCAUCGGUUUGUGUCGCAUGGUUCAUUUUGACAACCUUCCUGCCGUCUACUACACAAACCUCCUCACCGCCAACGCAGCCCAGCUCAUCACUCUGAUUGCUGCUGUUGAAACAAAAGAUGAGCGUUUUCCAAAUUCCACAUGUCUCAUAAUCUACGGUGGUGUUGCAAUGGUCAGCCUGUACCUCAGGAUGAUCAUCGCCCUGGAAAGGUGUUUCUUCAUCGUCCAGCUGUCUUUCAUCAGACAAACUAAAUGUUCUUUGAUAAUCUGUGUUUCUAUCUGGGUUUUCUCCAUGAUGCUUUUUCCUCUUCUGAUAUUUUUUGACCUCAUUUCUGUCAUCUUUGUUUUUGCUCUCAUUCCUUCGGUCAUCUUCCUCUUGUGUCCACUCGGGGCCUUCGUAUCUCUGCCUGGAUUCGCCUCAGGAUCUGCUGAAGGAAAACGUAGAAUAAUUGCAACUUUUGUUCUGUUGCUGAUUAAUUACUCUGUAACAAUUGUCCCACCAGUUAGUUUCUUGACCUUUAGUUCAUAUAAUUAUUAUUAUUAUCAUCAAACACAGUUUUUUAUGACCUUGUUUCUGCUCGGUCCUUUCAUGGAUCUGCUUCUGUUGGUUUUCAUGCGUGAAGGUCCCGUCGACAAGCUGCUGGCCUGUUUGUGCUGCUGCAAGAUGGAAACACCUGCAGCAGGAGAUGACAGCAGAUUAUCUAUCUGACUGCAGCUUAUAGGUAGAAAUAAAAGGAGAGACCAAGCAAAUGAGCAAAAUAUUAUAUCACUAAUGUUACAUUACUUUAAGCUCUAGUAAAGUCACAACAAUCAGUCUUUAACUCAUAAUGAUGUGAACUUAUUUAUUAAUCUUUAGAUGUAUAACUGUAACAGGUCACUGUCUGAAUUAAAAAACGUUUGAUAGAAACAUAUUAAUUCAUUUAAAAUCAAAUAUGACUUUUUUCCAGCUCGGAUGUGUAUCUGGAAAUGAAAAAGAUUUUGUCAAAAAGAGGAGUUGAAUUUUAUUGAAAUAGUUCAAAAUCAAUAAUAAUUUAUCAAGCAGUAAAAAUGUAAGUAACCUGAUACACUUUCUGUCUCUGAUCCUGCUGAAAGCCACCAUGGAUCCUUUUCAGGAAAACUUACUUAUAAUCACAUAUUAUUUUAAAAUGUGCAGCUUUGGUGCUGUGGCCAGUCUUUGCUUCAGGAUGUGUGUUGCUGUAGAAACACACAUUUUAUCACCAAAACUGAUUUUGCCUUUUGAUACAUUUAAAGUCAGUUUUACAGAUAUUUGUGCCGUAGUAUUGAAGUUGUAUUUCUGCCAUUUGUUGCAGGUUAUUUCUGAUCUGCUGGACACAGCAGGACUUCAUCAGACAGACCAAAGGUUCAGUCAUUAUCUGUGUCUCAGUCUGGGCGUUUUGUAUUGUUCUUGUCUCAAAUGUCGUCAUCUUUAAGCUCUAUUAUCUGCUUGUGACAGUUGGCUUUCUUUCUGCUCCAGUUUUCAUCAUAAGUCUGGUCAGUGGUGUUUCAUACUUACCUAAUGUCUCAUCUUUCCCAGCCGCAGAGAGACACAGAAUUAUGGGAAUUUUUGUUAUAAUAAUGCUUA